GUCCGCAGCACUAGCCAAUCAAUAGCGGACAGGAGUGAACGCACAGUUAAAGACUAGAAUUGCCUUGCGUGGCUAUAAGUUGGCGGCGAGGGAAGACAUGGAGCAGGGAUAUGGUUAUGGUACCUGGGGUACUGAUGCAACCAAUACUCAAAGUGCAUAUACUACAAAUCCAGCAAGUUGGCAAGGCUAUGAAGGCUAUGACUAUUACAGUGCCCAAACAAACACCUCUACUACAGCUGCCACAUACAGCUAUGACACUACUGUCAAUGCCAGUACCUGGGACACCUCUAAAGCUAACAGCAUGACAAUGAAUGCUGAUGUUGGUGCCACUAUGCCAGUUCCAAGUUACAGUACUGGAGCAACAGGCACUGAGAACUCUGACUCCAUUAUAGCAAAGAUAAACCAGCGCCUGGAUAUGCUGUCAAAGGAAAACAGUGGCGGCAGUGGGGAAGGAGUGGACGAUCAAGGAAGCUCUUUCAGGUUUGAGUCAUUUGAGUCUUAUGACUCCAGAGCCCCAAUCCCUGAUCGUGACUUAUACAGAACCAACUAUGACUAUAGUGAAGUUGGAUCGGACAGAAAUGAUUCUUUCGGAGGCCACUACGAUGUUGCCGGUAACCGCAGAGAUCAGCCCCGCAACAGAGGAAACAACUAUAACUUUGGUAGAGGGAGAGUCCAGAAUCGAGGUCAUUCAAACACUUUCAAUCGUGACCGCUUCACGCCAUCAAGUACAGAGCGGCUGUCUGCACGAUGGAAUGAGAUGAAUUAUAUGGGUGGGAGGAAUAUGGGAGGACCUGGACCCGGACCUGGAAACAGGCUUCCAUCACUCUUUUCCCAAGCACUUGUCCCUGAGUACAGAGAUUGUGGUGAUUAUGGCGACUGUGGAGAUUAUGGCAACUAUGGCAAUUAUGAUUACAACAUGAUGGGAAUGCAGGGCAUGGGAAGGUUUCCUGGGAACAUGCCCUACGGCUACGGCAGAUCACGAAGUAGAGCCAAGAGGAGAGGUUUCCAUGGUCGUCCUGGUGGGCAUUCAGAUAAUGAAGGGGGCUUACGUAGGCGGAAACAGUUCCAGAGUGGAGAUGAACCUGAAAGCAAACAGGCAAAGAUAGAUAGUGAAGGAGAUGAGUUUGAUAAUGAUGAUGGUGAAGGUGAUGAGAAAUCAGCAGAUGACGGAGAUAAAGCCUCUGGUGAUGGCUGCGAUGAUGACGAUGAAGAGACCAAACAAAAAAAAGAGAAACAGAAACGCCGGGAUCGAAUGCGGGACCGUGCUAUGGACAGAAUUCAGUUUGCUUGUUCUGUGUGUAAAUUCCGAAGCUUUGAUGAUGAAGAAAUUGAGAAGCAUCUACAAAGCAAAUUUCACAAAGAGGUGUUGCGGUACAUUGGAACAAAAUUGCCUGACAAAACUGUAGAGUUCUUGCAGAAGUACAUUGUGAACAGAAACAAGAAAAUUGGGAAGCGCCGUCAAGAGUUGACAGAAAAAGAGGGCACCAAGCCAAAACCAGACUCUUUCAAGGGAAUUGGCCAGGAACACUUCUUUAAGAAGAUAGAAGCUGCUCACUGCAUGGCUUGCGAUAUGCUAAUCCCUGCACAACAGCACCUCCUUCAGAGACAUCUGAGGUCUGUGGAUCACAACAGGAACCGUAGGAUGGCGGCUGAACAUUUCAAGAAAGCUAGUUUCCAUGUAGCUAAGAGUGUCCUAAAUAGCAAACACAUUGUGAAAAUGCUAGAAAAGUACCUUAAGGGUGAGGAUCCCUUUACAGAUGAAAACGUUGACCAAGAUGUUGAUGAAUCUGAAGCCUUAGAGGGGGCUGAGGGUGAAAGGGCUACAGAAAGUGCUACAGCAGAGGCAAAAGAACAUGCUGGAGAUGGGACUGAAGCAGUUGAAGACAGUGAACCUGACAAACCAGAAAGCUGCUCCACUCCAGUUUUCUCUAAAGAUGAAUUUGUAGAGGAGCAGCAAAAGGAAGAAAAGGGAACAGAGGCUGCAGAAACAGCAGAAGAACCAUUUUGUCCUUCUCAAGAAUGCCCAGAAGAGAAACUAGCGGAAAACCAAAAGAAGAUGGGAGGGAACACCACUGAGAAACCAGUGGCCGAAAACCAUGACACCAAGAAGGAAACAGUUGUGGCAACAAGUGCAGAACUGCCGCAGGAAUGACAGUGUGGAUGUUUCUGUGAAGGUGAUUUGUCUUGCUUAAGUGUAUAAUUUUUUCCUGUUUUUUUAUGUUAGCACAGUACAUGACUGAAGUGCUGGAUUGCAACCCAUGUUGUUUCUGUUUUGAAAAAGGGGAUUUUGUGCUUUGACAGUAGCAGUCCUGUGCUUUGCUGUUUUCUCAAAAGUGGAAAUCUGCAAAUAUGUUUCAUUUUUAGGUUGAAAAGCUUGGGAUGCUCUAGAUUUCCCUAAGAAACUCUUGCAUUUUAGAAUGAACUGCCGUAUUUGAAAACAAUUUUUGAGCAUUUAGUUCUUGUUAGAUUUUUCAAUAUAGGCUCAUUUGAAAACAAAAUCAAUCCUCUUUUUAAUGGGGGAGUAGGUUAGUAAAUCAGUGUGUUUAACUUUCCUGUGAAAUUGUUUGCUUAUUCAAGUUCCUUGAGAAAGGACUUGCCAGCACGAGGGUUGUUAACUUCAUUUAUCCAGAUUACAGUAUUGCAUGAGAAAUCGCACAGCUAACAAUAUAGUUUUUAAAUAAUAAAUAUAUUGAGUGUCACACUUGGACUAUCAUUUAUACUGUGCACUAUUUCAGAUAUUCUGGAUGGCAAGAUACAACUUGUAUAUUAUGCUGGCAUAACAGGGCUUAGUUAGAGGGAGAAAAGUUAUGGUCCUAUUGAAUACCUCCUGUCUUUCUCAUACUUUUUGGUAAAAAUCACAUGAAUAUAAUUCAUUCACAGAGUAGAUUGCCGAAUACUGCUCUGGGAGUACUGACCCAGUACCAAGACCAGCAAAAUAGGAACUGGUUUGAUAUGAUUGAUGCUUGUCAUAUAAAGUUUUAAAGUAAAAUGAACACUCUACCUUUGUCCCCAAUAAGCCUAAAGUUCUUUGUCUUAGCUUUGAAAUAAACUUGUGAAAAUGCAAA